AGAAAACAAUUCAGUAUCUGAAAGUACGGAAGAAAUGCAGCAGCCAGGGCCUGGUCAUCCAAACAGUGGCAUAACCAAGAAGAGAGAAGACUAUCUGGAAUGCCCAGACUACUUUAUGGCUGUCGCCUUACUGUCAGCCCAAAGGAGCAAAGACCCAAGCACACAAGUCGGGGCCUGUAUAGUGAACCAGGAGAAUAAGAUAGUUGGCAUCGGUUACAAUGGUAUGCCCAACGGCUGUGACGAUGACCUGCUACCAUGGUCCGGGUCUGCUGACGGGUCUUUCCGACUUGACACUAAAUACCCAUAUGUGUGCCACGCAGAGCUGAACGCCAUUAUGAACAAGAACAGUGCUGAUGUGAAAGGCUGCACCAUGUAUGUGACUUUGUUCCCCUGCAACGAGUGCGCCAAGCUCAUCAUCCAGGCAGGUUUGAAAGAAGUGGUUUAUCAUUCUGACAAGUACCAUGACAGACUGGCGAUGACUGCUUCCAGAAAGCUGCUCAGCAUGGCAGGUGUACACUGCAGGCAGUUCAAGCCCAAGAAGACAGAGCUUGUCAUUGAUUUUGAUUCCAUGAAUUAAAAUCAAUGAAUUCAAGUAAUUGAAUGCUGAACACCUUAACCAAGAGAAAAAGCAAAACAGACGGAGAGGAGGAGGAA